GAUUUCACGGUGCAACCUGCCACACGAGGAGAUAGAAAAGACGCGAGUCCGAAGGGAAAAGAGGGAGAAUAAUCUUGAAGGAGGGCGCACCUGGCGCUCUAAAGAGAAACUUGCCAUAAUCGGAUCUAGUCGGGGCCAGUAACGCAAGAUAAUCGUGCGUGGUACAUGUAAGACGGAGGGAAACUAUAGAGAUAGAGACGACUAUAAAGAAAUACACGUUGGAAUACGUUGUAUAUGUAACAUAUACGCGAAAGAUAGAAAAAGAGAGAGAUAAGUGAAGCAAUCGGUCCACCUUAGGCUCUCCGCUGUUUCCAGUACACCCAGCCUCUCAAAGCAGAUUAGAGAAUAACUAGAGUGAGAUUUUAUUAUUCCACCUUGGUAUAUCCAACGAGUAUAUCCUUUCUUUUACUCUUGUAACACGAGAAACAUCCCAUGUUGGAAUUCGUCGGCAGCUUCUCGUGCUUGCAGUAACUCUCUACCAAGCGGUAGCCUAAAAAUAUCUCCUUCCUGCAUAUUCUGACGCGUUUAUACAGUCACAAGUGCGGCGCGUUCUUCUUUUGUAUUAUCAUAUGUACUCUCCACUCGAUCAAAACUGAAAAGUAUACUCGACCACUUUAAGUAGACGGACCGGUCAUAUAUCGAUAGAGGUAUAUCGAAAGAGACUUUUUAUAACAAUUGUUUUCGACUAAUCGAUACAAUCAAAACAACGUGUUCGUUCGUUGAACCUAAUAUAUUAUCCUAUAGUCUGCUUUCUCUUCGUUAAAAAAACGCUUUAAAUACAUACACGCAUUGGCUGCAUGUCGGAUCUAGAUUAGAAUUGUUAAAUCAAAAAAACAAUUUCUAUAGCGUUACGUAUAAUAGAAACUAAAAUACAGGAUUAAAAGAUCGUGUUGAUUGAAGUUUAAUCGCAACACGGCGAAGAUAAACUGGAAGAAAAUGUCUCGAAGAAAAUUGGAUCUGAGGAAGGAGCAUCGUGGAUGACCAUCGAAAGGUAUGAAGAUCGUGAACGAAUUAAUCACCGCCGGUGGCUGGUACGUAGCUGAAUAUCUGCCGUCGGAACGAUUCUCGAAAGAAUCAAAUCUGGUCCGUCGGCUGAGCGAUCGAUGCGUUCCGCAAUCAUUAUUGGUGAUUAAUCAAUCGACUAAUUGUUCGAUUAAUAUCACUUGGUAGAAGGAAUAAAAGAAAAAAUCGAAUAAAAUAGUGAGUGAAACGAAGUGUACCGAAGAAAAGUGGUCCACGGUGGAGGGUGGAGGGAACGGAGUGCAAGGGGUCGCCGUGGGCCCCGGAGAUGAUGCGAUGAUGGCCUACGGAGGAACCACCGGAAACGGAGGUGCGAUGGGACCUUCUUCUGGUGGUGCUGAUGUUUUGGGCUCGACCGGUGAUUACAGCCCUCAGGGGACACCGACGCCGCUUACGGGACACGCUGCUGGACCCGUCGAGGCGACCACUUAUGGUCCUACCACAGGACCAACCAGUUACAGCCCCCAAGAUAGUCCUGCGAGUUCCGCCGGCGGCGGUAGCGGAAGCAAUGGCCAACUUCCCAGCUUUGGAUUUACUCAGGAACAAGUCGCCUGUGUUUGUGAGGCGAUGGUGUCGUCUGUCCAGGUUCUCCAACAAGCAGGCUCCGUGGAGAGGCUCGGCAGGUUUCUAUGGUCCCUGCCGGCGUGCACUAGGUUGCAUCGCCAUGAGAGCGUGCUGAAAGCCAAGGCAAUUGUCGCUUUCCAUCGGGGCCACUUCAAGGAGUUGUACAGGAUCCUUGAGAGUCAUACGUUCAGUCCGCACAAUCAUCAAAAACUGCAAGCUCUCUGGCUCAAGGCUCAUUACAUAGAGGCCGAGAGACUGAGAGGAAGGCCUCUUGGUGCAGUCGGAAAAUAUCGCGUUCGUCGCAAAUUCCCACUGCCACGUACAAUUUGGGAUGGCGAGGAGACGUCUUACUGCUUCAAGGAGAAAUCCAGGAGCGUCCUGAGGGAUUGGUACGCCACCAAUCCCUAUCCCUCACCUCGCGAGAAACGAGAAUUGGCAGAGAGUACGGGCCUCACCACUACGCAAGUCAGCAACUGGUUCAAGAACCGAAGACAAAGGGAUCGUGCAGCUGAACACAGGUAUUUAUCUCUUUCCUUAAGAUUUCUAACAUUAAUCCUAUCUUAAUAACACUAUGCUUUGUGUUAAAAAGCGCUAGGUGAUACU